AUUUACCCUCACUGUCUCAAAGACGGAUAUCUCCAAAUCUGGGCAAACAAAACCGGAUCUGGAAAGAUCAGACACGGUUAUAGUAAGAGCUUUAAUAAGAUGCAGCAAGUAACGUUUGGACAUACAGUAUGUCUUAAUCAGGGUAACAUUAAGACUUUUAUACAGUCUAUGGUUAAGAUGCUGAUGAUCUUUCCAGAUCCAGCCUCAGUUGUCCUGUCUGUUGAGCCACCGGUUUGAAAUUUGAGUUGGAUGAUGAUCUAAAACUAAAACUACCUGCGUGGCUAGAUACUACCAGUGGUAAGUGACAAAAUAUGUUUUUUUGUCUUUUGGGUGACCCGACCCUUUAACCUGAAAAUAGGUCAAAUCAACAAGCUGACAUCAGCAGUUCUCUGUAAUAGGUAGUAAAGGUGGUUCCUGUACCAGCAAAGCUUCCUCAGGAACUCGCAGGAAAACUCCUUUUUGUGUGUGUAACAUAAUAUUCCCGUCAGGUAUUAUCACAGAUGCAUGAUGAUACAUCUUGUCCUUGAUAAUAAAUAAAUAAAGUAAUUGUAAAAGUCUCACACCAACUUAAUUAAUCAUUCUAGUCACCAAUACCACGUAAUUAUGAUGAUUCAUGAGCACUUCAGUCACAAGGGAUACUGUGCCAUUUACCUUUUUUUUUCUUCAAAGGUGCAAAUGAACAAUUAAGUUCAAAUACGUCGUCUUUUACAAGAUCGUCUCCCACACUGAUAACAAGUUUCCCUUAAUUGUCCAAUGGAAAGUCUUUACGUCACAUCCUGUCAGUUGUCGCUUCCGGAUGCGGUGAAACAGCAGAGAAGUAGGAAAACACCGCACGUACAUGGAUUAAUAUAAAUGACAAGACGCCAUCCAUAAAGUCACAGGGGACGCCAGCACCGCCCAGAUUGGAUUCAUGCAGACAAAUGCACAUGUCGGAAACUGUGUAUUAACGGUAUUUUACGUUGGAUGUCCGCGAAUGAGCGUUGUUUUUACUGAGUGGCUGUAUUUAUGUCUUCUUGCUAGCUUAAGCCAGCGUAGCGUUAGCUGGUACGCGCAGACGAAUAGCGUCUCUCUCCAGUGAAAUAUGACUUGUCGCUUCCGUUAUUCUUGAUAUAUCACUCAUUCGUAGAGGAGGGAGCCGCACUGUGCGUGUUUAAUUGUAACUGAAAAGCGUGCAGAGUUUGUUUUGGUCACUUUGAAGUCAAGACUGCAUUGGAAACACUUAUUCGACACUGUCAACACAAGUAAAAAAAACUGAAGAAAGUUAUCCUUUUCCUAAAAUAUCCAGGGCACGUUUGAGGAAACAGCACAUUGCAUCUGAAGUCACUCGUCAACAUCUCAACAAGUGGACAAAAUGGAUGUGAUGUGGACGUCACCACACGGAAAACACAGCAGAUACGUCGUAAAUAACACUCCCCUCUUCUGCUGACAGGGCACUUUACAAACAGUAUCCUGUGUUUGAAGUUGGCUGAAGUGGAGGAAGUCUUCCUUGUUUUAUUCUUGUUUCUGCACAACGUCUUCUUGACUAACUUUGAUUAAGCUCUUCAGCUCAACAGUGAAGGAUGAAUGGCCUCUCUCUCAGUGAGCUCUGCUGCCUGUUCUGCUGCCCGCCCUGCCCCAGCCGCAUCGCAGCCAAGCUCGCCUUCCUGCCCCCUGAGCCUACGUACACCUUUCUUCCAGACCCAGAGGCAGGCCCCGCUGCACCGGGGGCAACAGGGACAUCUAGCCUGCGGGCACGGAGCAGUGCAUCAUUUGCUGGAAGCGGAGGGUCUGGGGCUGUGGAGGGGAGAUGGAAGCUCCACCUGACAGAGCGAGCAGAGUUUCAGUACUCUCAGAGAGAGCUGGACACGACAGAGGUGUUCCUCACUCGAUCCAGCCGCGGGAACAGCAUCAGCUGCAUGUACAUUCGCUGCGUGCCUAAUGCCAGAUUUACAGUGCUCUUCUCGCACGGUAACGCAGUCGACCUGGGCCAGAUGAGCAGUUUUUACAUCGGCCUUGGCACUCGCAUCAACUGCAACAUCUUUUCCUACGACUACUCAGGCUACGGUGUCAGCACUGGCAAGCCCACUGAGAAGAACCUCUACGCAGAUAUAGAUGCUGCCUGGCACGCCCUGCGCACACGGUAUGGCAUUAGCCCAGAAAACAUUAUCCUGUAUGGACAGAGCAUUGGUACAGUACCCACUGUAGACCUGGCGUCACGGUAUGAGUGUGCUGCCGUGGUUCUUCACUCACCUCUAACGUCUGGCAUGAGAGUGGCCUUUCCUGACACAAAGAAAACGUAUUGCUUCGACGCUUUCCCCAACAUUGAGAAAGUGUCCAAAAUCACGUCCCCGGUGCUCAUCAUCCACGGGACAGAGGACGAGGUGAUUGACUUCUCACACGGUCUGGCUCUGUUCGAGCGCUGCCCCAAGGCUGUGGAGCCCCUCUGGGUGGAGGGUGCAGGACACAAUGACAUUGAAUUGUACAGCCAGUAUCUGGAGCGCCUCCGCCGCUUCAUAGGACAGGAGUUGGCAGUGCAGCACGCCUGACCAUCACCACCAGGAUCAUCGUCAACAUCAUCGUUACCAUUUUUCCUGGCCCACUUAAAGCUUCAUCUCUCUGUGUGUCCAAGAUUUGAAGUGUGUCCAGGAGUCAUCUAAACCGUCCCUCAGUGUUUCAUUUUCGGGGCACAGUAUCCUUUUAAUGGACCAUGGAUGGAUACGACAUGGAUAAAAGAAGUGUUUUCAUAAACAUCAGAAGUGCGUGAGUGUGAACGACUUUGCCACAAACUGCAUUUAGACUAUUGUUUUUUUAGCAGUUACUUUAACAGUACAGUUGCCAUGUGUUACGUGGCAGCAAAUUAAUUCCUAUACUGUGCAAUAAUAUGGAAAGUGUCCACAGGAAAAAGACUUUAAAUGAUAAGGAGAUUUAACAGAACAACAAACUGACAAGUAAUCACGUAUGUCAAUUACGUUCCACACAGAAAACGUCUGUCAAUUUUCCAUCCUACUCAUAGUUUGUGUGUAAUUUCUGCUGUUAACCCAAGUUAAGUGGAUAAUGGUGAAGCAUGGAAAACACUUCAGAGGGGCUUCUGACGUUGAGAACAUUUUGGUUUUCUAAUCACCUUUUAAAAUAGCAAACAGUUUUGUAACUAAGUUCUCUAUAUUGAGUUUUAUUAGUAACACCUGUAUAAUCUAAUGCAAUCCAAUCUAAAGCUCUACAAUUAAUCCUGUUUAGAGUGGUCGAUUUUACUGUAUUCUCAUUUUGGAGUGAUUGGUUAUGUUGCAUUGGACUGCAUUAUAUUGAAAGGUGUUUCUAACAUCCUAUCCUCUCAUGUAUGUACAUGAUGCAUACAAGCCUACAUACAUAGAGAUAAAUUUGAAUUUUGCAAGUUUAAUUUAGUUUUUCGCUGUACUGAACAUUUUGCUCAGGUAACCCUCUUUUAGACAUUAGGGUCAGUGUGUUCCACAUGUGUUUGUGUCUCUUUUUGUUUUAUAUACAGUCAGCUAAAUCUCCUCAGAUCCUUUGAGCAAAGAUUUCUGAAAACAUGUUCAUCCGGUAUGAGGUCUUUUUUUAUCUUUAAUUUUAAGUAAUGAACCAAACUAUGACCCCAAAACUUGAGGUACAGACCAAACCGGGAGUUUGGUGAGCCAUUACACCCAAAACAUUUUCUUUCUUGUUCCACUUGAGUUUCCAUGAUUUCUUCAGUCUUCUCUGCACCGAAUCUGUACCCCAGUAAUGGAGGACAGAAGUUCAAGAGCCUCAAAAAGAAAAUACCUCCAGCUCCUUCAUGUAGUGGAAUGUCUUGAGAGUCUGUUAGCCCUGUCUGCUUCGUUUUAGCCUUGUUCGUGUUGUUUAUGUUUCACACCAGUAGGUCACAGCUGUCAGCAAAGUUCCUGUUUCUCUGUGUCUGGAACAGAGAAGCAACACUAAAAUUAAACAGGCCUCUUUUUUUUUUUUUUUUCUUGUCUUUAUUUCUUUAAUGCUGUCUGACGGCCAUCUUACUCAUUUACACUCCAUCUUGAGGGGCAAUUCUUGAGGGAAUUUUCUAAUUUUAAUGAUUGAUGAGCUUCACAUUCUGAUUAAUAAAAAGCAUUCCCUCCCUUAUACAGAUAAGCACAGGAAGAGAUGUUUUAUCACAAUAUAAUGCAGCACUAUGGUUCUUUAUUUGUUUUGCAGCUUUAACACUAAGAAGCUCUUCUGAGGGACUGACAGAUAUUAGAAAUCUGACAGGUGGACAAUGUUUUGGCACAUUUACAGUCUAACAUGAUGACAAUGUUAUUCCACUACUUUUCUGUGCUACAGGUAAACAUAGACAGCAAAUAAUAGGCUGUGUGUAAAUAAAGAAUAUCCCUUUUUAUAAGUCUAUUUCCUCUCUGGUUUAUAGUCUUUACAAUAACUGCCUAUGACAUUUGUCUGUAUGUCCAUGCAUACACAUCCCACAUAGUCGUUAAGUAUUUCUACGAAUUUUAGGCUUAAAGUCUUGGUAACACUAUUGAUUUUACACAGAAUUGAAUAUAAGAGUGGUACAGUACACUUUCUAGCUGCUGGUGUGAAUUUUGUAACAAUUGAAAAGUGUCUCAAACAUGUUGUAUUGCCUUUGGGUUUUAUUAUUCUUUUUGCGCUGAUUAUUUAGGGAAUAUCACUAACCAAUAUACAGUAAAUUGUCCCAUUUUGCUGCAAAUGCCAUCUUGUUCUUGUGAUCAGUAUACAAAAAGAAUUGGUACAAGUUUAUAUCAGCUGGCUGUCUGACUCAUAAGAGAAAUGGUUAUCCCUUCCUUUAACUGCCUAUUUUAGAUUCACUACACAAUAAUCAUGACAAAAUCCCUUCGUUCUCUCACUAAUGGUCUGUUUUACAACCAGACACGAGGUGCAAGCGUUCAUUUUAAAGGUGCAACACUCACCAAGCCACAGAGGUGUUUUAUCUAACUGAGCUGAUUGACAUGAAGCUCAGACAUUGAGUGCUGCACCUUUUUAAACUUCUUAGUUGAAAGCUGAGAUUAUGACUGUUUUUGUUUUUGAAGUGAAGUCAGGAUUUUCAGGUUUUCUUGUGUAUGUAUGAACCAAAGUCUAACUUUUUUUUUUUAGUGCUUUACCCAGUGUACCUGCUGUUCGUAUCUUCGUAACCAAAGGCAAAAAUGUUCAAAUUUAAGUUCUUGUGUUAACUUUUUAUUUAUCCAUGUGGCUUGUCUGAUCUUUUUCCACUAUACAGCACAUUUGGAUACAAAUUCAAUGUACAUCGAUCAGAUUGCUAAAUAAUUGUGUUUUAUUAUAUCAUGUUUGGUUUCAGAUAUGCAGCAAUAGUUUGAAUAGCAUAAAUUACAAAGUUAUGGGUGGGGUUUUUUUUCCUCAAGCUGUUAAAAAUGUAUUGUUUGUGGAGGAGUACAACUAAGCAAUACAGCAAAGCUGUGAGUUUGUGUUUGUGUGUGAUGAUGAUGAAAGAACAAUGACAGAUGACAAGCUUUUGUUUUUGUCUUUUAUUCAAAUGUUUGGAUUUCUGGUGUAACAUCUGUGGGUAUCAUUUUUAUCAUCGCACAUUAUUAUCCUCCGUUUAUUAUACUGACUAAUUUUUAGUUUUUAAAGAUUUUGUCUUUUUUUUCCAAGAAUUAAAGAGAAUAAGAAGAUAAUAAAACAUAAUCAUAAAUUGAUAA